AUGGCUUCAAACGGUCACGCAAUUAAGAGAGCUUGGGUGACUCUCCUUACACGUUCUUCCUAUCUUCCAGGUGUUUUCACCCUAGCACAUAGCCUCUCGGCUCACGCCACCGCAUAUCCUCUUGUCGUACUCAUCACACCUUCCCUGCCCCAGUCAUGCAUCCGAGCCCUAGAGCUUGAGUCAAUCCAUAACCCUCUACUAACACUCCACCCAACUGAACCUCUCUUGCUACCAAAAAACAGGAAAACUACCCUCAUAGCCGACCGUUUCGAGGACACAUGGACCAAGCUCCGAGCUUUCGAGCUGACCUCCUACGAAAGUUGCGUCUUUGUCGACGCCGAUAUCACAAUCUACAAGAACAUGGAUGAGAUUUUUGAUCUCAUACUUCCUGCUAAUGAUUGGAUCGCUGCAAAUCAUUCUUGUGUCUGUAAUCUCGAUCACGAUAGUUGGGCACCUGAGGAAUGGAAACGUGAAAACUGCGCGUACACGCCUCUCCGACAUCCCGCAGCUUUGGAAAAAGCAACGCCAAUUCCUCUUGGUGCCGCCCCUCCUGACACCUACGCAUUACUGAACGGUGGAGUCUUCCUCUACCAUCCCUCCGAAAUGCUUUGGAAAGCAAUACACGAUCACUUCCUCACAUCACCUGAGCUGUCGACCUUCCAGUUUCCCGACCAAGACUUCUUAGCCUCGGUGUUUUGUGGCAGAUGGCGUCCAUUGCCUUGGAAAUACAAUGCUUUGAAAACGAUGAGGCAAUGGCACACAAACAUCUGGCGCGAUGAAGAGGUCAAGGCAUUACACUACAUUGUUGACAAGCCGUGGAUGAAGAGGGUAGCUAGUGACGGCAUAGGAGGGCACUUGGGAAGAGAUGGUGAAACGCAUACUUGGUGGUGGAACGUCUGGCACGAGUGGAGGUCGCAGAGAGCGGACGAGUUACUAAGCAUUAUUGACGAGCUUGUGGCGGAUCCUCUAGACGAGAACGCGGACAAGAGACAAUGUGAAGAGAACAAGAAUACUCUGGCGGCGACCCUCGCUCUGUUGCCAGGGUUUGCUUCUCUCUACUCUUACACGUUCGACCUCACUAUGUACGUAGCCGGCAGGCCUGCAACCUGCGCCGCCCAAAUCCUCUUUAGCCUCUUCGUUACCAACAGCGCGCUCCGCACGACUUCUCCGGUCUCCGAACCGACUACAGAAUUCCCCAUAAAUGCAACGCUGAGUCUCAACAAUGAGACCUCUCUCCGUUUACCUAACGGUAUCCCAUGGUCACCAGAAAUCUCACCCUCGCAAGCUUCUGUUCCCUACCCGGUUCCUGACACCGCCAUGACUCUGGAAUUCACUCAUCUCGGCGCCCGAAUCCCAGUUGUCCGAGCACUCUCCACCAUCUUUGACGCCCGUCAACAGGUCCUGUCCCACCUAGCAUCCAACAUCGAAGACGCAACAACGAACCAUAUAUUCGGAUACAGCACGCGCUCAGCCACUCCCACGCCCCGCGUUUGUUCGGUCGUCGUACAGGCUUCCGGAAGUCUCGGGCUAUCGUGGUUACAACUCGAUCAGAUACUGCAAGGACUGACGCAAUUCAGUAGCGGGGCCGGACCCGACCACCAAGUGCAUUACCAGACCCUGGAGUUCGAAGUCAACCUGGCGGAUGAGGGAAGGAUAGGCACUGGGCUUCUGUGGAGUACUCCAGGUCGAGGUCGGGGCGCGGCCGAGAUACAGGAGCGGGCGGAAACCCCUCUCGCGGGUCGAGCGCUGGACGAGGGAUUGAAUCUGGCGUCUGGGCUCGCCAACGAGACAUCCUCCAAUUCGUCCGAUGCGGGCGGUCUGCCCUCGAGUACCGCAGCCAACGUCUCCUUUCCCGUUCCCGGCACCAAUUUCAUUUUGGAGUUUAUCUGGUUCGGCGAUCCGAUUCCCAGCAAAAGGGUCAACGAGGCCCUGGACGGUGCAUUCUUGAAGAUCGCGCCCUUUCUCAAUAGAUCAGGUAGCGAGACGAUCCCCCACGACGAAUUCUUCUACUGGACCCCGGCCGGCAGAGUCCGGGUAUCGAUCCAGGUAUACGGCAUGAUCAAGAUGAGCUGGUCGCAGGUCGAUUCUGUGAUAGCGGGCUUGUUCCGCUUUGCAAACGGGAUCGGAACGGUUCAUGAAGAGGAACACUUUGAGAACCUGGACUUUGACGUGAAAGACGAGAACGGCGCAAACGUUGGAUAUGGGAAUCUACUCGCACUACCCUUCUACGACAGCGAUGCUAUCGGCGCGAUCGACGGGAAGAGAUCGACCCCGACAUCAGGGGGGAGGGGCGUUGAGAUGGUAUCGGCUGUGAUAUGA